CAAAAGGCUUGUUUGCGUUGCCAGUGAAACACCAAUCGUCAGUCUACAUCAAAUGAUGAAACUGUGCUCAUCUUGCAGAAGCUCUAAUCUGCUAACAAUUGUUAUUGAUCAACGUCUUAGAAUUGACACCUGUCGAUAUCUUAUCGAGAUAUUAUCGCGUCGUAUUACGGGCGAAUAAAGUC